ACUCAUUGUUGAAGGCCUUAAAACUGACUGAUAUUUCUACCGGAAGCACAUUACAAGCGUUUUUAAAUUUUUAUUUCAAAUGUAGUUAGAAGCAUUUUUAGUUGUCGGAAAACGCUUUUAGUGCUUCUGGAACCAAAUCCCGAACGGGACCUGAGAAUUCUUGGACUUCCUGUAAGAUUAUGCUUUGCCUAAAAAUAUUAACUGCGAUUUAUGGUAUGGAUACCAGCUGAGACGAAAAAGUAUAAGAUUGGGGAUCAAACUGAUGGCUUUGCUAAAGUCUCAAUUCAAAGUUUACAUGAGGAAAACAUGAAGCUCAUCCAACUUGUUUCCGAAACCAAAAAUGCAAAUGUUGUCGCUGCAUCAAUCUGGUUUGGCUAAUCUAAUUGGUUUUUGAUGAUUUUUUUUUGUUGAAUUUCUCUUUGAUGUUAUUAUAUUCUGAAUGUGUUUACAGAACACCGAGAUCUUGCUUAAACUCUUGGAAGACAGGACUAAAUGUGUGGAAAACCUUGUGGAGUUGGAAAAAAUCAGAGAGGCGAGCAAGGCGCUUGUUAAGGAGGACGACAGGGAUGUGAAGGAGAAGCCGGGAAUUCAGAAGCGGGAUGUAAAGAGGAAGAGGCCUGCUGAGAAGAAGCUUCAGAAGAAGGAUGGGAGAGAGGAAGCUUGCUCCUCUAGACCUGCUUUGCAGCCUUGUGGUGAUGAAAUAGUCCGAGCCAGAGAGGAGGCAUACAAGAAGAUACUCCCCUGCCCUCGUUGUGAUAGCAGGAACACAACAUUUGACAAGUUCAGUCGUAACAAUCCCAGUAAACCAGUACGUGCAUGCAAAGAUUGCAAAAGAAGCUGGGUUGCACGCGGGAACUUGGGAAGGGGCUAGUGUUUAUAACUCCGUAAAGCUAGGGUUAGUGCCUCCGUAAACGGAGUAGGACUCCAAGAUAUAUAUGUACCCACGAGGAGGUGUGCAGAUCUUUCUAAAUAUGUAGAAACUAUGUUUUAUGGUUGAUAAUUAUAUGGAGUCGAAAGUUCAUGGCAGA